UCAGGCUCAGUGUAAGCUAGCAAGUGCUGGCAAAAUGGCUUUAAUACUCAACCUCAAAUAUGUGGAACAUUUACGUGGAAAGACAGAACGAUUGGCAAAAGUUUCUUUUAGGGGUGUGUCCCACUACACAAAGAUUGUUGAAAAUGUUGAUGACACAGUCUGGUUUGAUGAGUCCUUUGAAUGGCCUGUGGCUCGUCCUAUUGAGAGUGAGGAGAUUAUUGACAUACAACUAUACAGCUACAACAAAUACCUCAGUAACAGGAGGCACACCCAGCACACAUCCUUUAUAUUUCUGUGCAAUAUCUUGAAAAGUAUGAUGCAAAACUUGAGAGUUCUCAAACAAAAGACAGUGUCUACAAAGGUGUUCCCUGCACUUCCCAGCUUCGUGUAUUUGAAGUCUUGA